GAAUUUGAUGGAAAAAAAAGAAUAGAUUUAAUAAUUUGAAUUCAGAUAAAGUUAAAAUUGAUAUUUAAGCUUUAAGAUGUUAUUACCUGUUCAUCAACUCUUUUUUUACUCACCAUAAUAUUGAUGUAAGCGGCUGUAUUAGUUGUUGACACUUUCAGCACAUAUUUAUCAUCUACAAUUAAAGAUAACACUAACUGUGCAGUUUUGGCAGUGUGUACAAGAUGAACUACGUAGGGUGUCUAGUGUCACUGAACUGUGGGGAUGUGCUGGGUGUGUACCAGGGCCAGGUGUGUAAGGUGGACAACUCCGAACAGGCCAUCACACUCUGCAUGCCUUUCAGAAAUGGAGUCCAGUGUGAGUUUCCAGAAGUCACCAUCAGUGCUUGUGACAUCAAAGAAUUAAGGAUUGUUAAAUCAGCUAAUGAAGCACGCAAAAUUGUGUGCAAAAGUGCUACACCAUCCAAGCUGUCGAAGGAGACAGCGGAGGAUUUGGAUGCAGUUGCCUCCCCUGGACGGGUUGUGGAGGCUAGGCUCGACACAGGCAACCCAGUAAAUGGAACAGGGUAUGGAACUGUUAACAACACAAAAGACAGACAAGAUUUUAAUAAAUGCCGUAGUGACAAUAGUUUAACACCUAGCAAAGACAGACUAGGAGCAGGCGUGUCCGAGACUCAAUUAAGGCGAACUCCAACCAGGGAUAGGAAUGGUUCAGUGAAUAACCAGGGGUGUCAAAAUGGUAACAGAGACAGGUAUGAUUAUGAUGUUGCCAAUGGUAACAGAUACAAUAGACAAACUCCAACUAAGGAUGAGCAGUUCAGGACCAGAGUUAAUUCAGCAUCAGAAAACAAGGGCAGUCAUAAAAGUAGUGUUCCAAGAAAGAUCGAGUUUAAGAAGAACAUCCAAAACAGACAGGACUGUUUUAGUGCUCCAGUUGAUUCAUAUUUAGAUGAGUUUGACUUUGAAAAAAAUCUUAAACUGUUUGAUAAAAAGGCAGUAUUUGAGGAGAUAGAAAAUAAUAACCCAGAGUUAAUUAAUAUAGAUAAAAAGCCAGAAAAGUAUAGGCAUGAUGAAAAUGUGCUUCAAUCAAAGCCAGUCCAGCUUCAACGAAUCAAGGUUCCCAAAGAGUAUGGUGCAUCAUUUACAACAGAUUCUGGUUUGGUAGUUCCUAGUAUUGACUAUGAGUUGCGCAACAAGCUGUUUGACAUUGCUGAUGCAUAUGGGUUUUCUGUUGAGCGUCGACUGGAGAUGAUUGGCCGCUCCUCCAGUGAGAUGGUACUGCAGCUGCUCGGGGGCAGUAACAGGUUGAAUCCACAGAAUGGUCACCAGUUGCCCACGGUCUUGGUGCUGUGUGGGCCGCAUGUGCAGGGAGCCCAGGGCCUCAACUGUGCCCGCCACCUCGUGAACCACGGUGUACGCACCAUUGUCUUCCUGCCCAACUUCCUGCGCAUGAUCCAGGCAGUUGAGUUGGAGCUUAGGCUGUAUGAGACCAGCAACGGCAAGCGCUACAGCAUGGAAAAAGAUAUUCCUACUUGUUCAAUAGAUAUGAUCGUCAAUUGUUUGGAUAGUCAUGAAAACUCAUUUCUGAAAGACCAGAGCUGGUACCAGUCUCAUGUUAGAUGGGUUAAACACAGCCGGGCUCAAGUUUUUACGAUAGACCCACCAAUAGAAAAUGUUGACAUUUUACCAAAAUGGUGUUUGUAUCCUGUGCUGCCAUUGGCUAGGCUUGACAUGACAUCACAGGUGUACCUAUGUGACCUUGGGAUCCCAAAAAAUGUGUUUAAGGAUGCAGGUGUCACAUACAGGUCUCCUUUUGGACACAAGUUCAUAAUACCUCUCCAUUUACAGUCCUAGUGUGCUCUGACCUCCACUGAAGGGGGAACUAAUUUAGAUUGACAAUUGAAUCUUUUCAUUCAGAUUCAGAAAUUCAAUAAUAUUAAAAACAGUACAUGUAUCUGAAUACAACACUGUACAAAGUUAGUUCUUGAUAAUAAACAUUCUUUAAUUACUGUUACGGGAUCGGAGCAGUUUGUGAAAAAAAAGGCAAGUUAUCACUUAUUGGUACAUUAUCAGCCUUUUCCUUACCCUCAGAAUUUGGACAAUGCACAACUUGCCAAAUUAAGGGGGAGAUAUUUGUGAGAUUCCAAAUUACAUGGACAUGUACUAAGAAGUGAGAACUAUUUGUUGUGUCUUUGAGCAUUAAUUUUGUUUGAAUUUUAAUAUUGAAAUUCUUUCAAAGUUUUAAUAAGGGUGCAAUUAUAUACACAUGUAAUACAUUUGAUUUUACAUUCAAAGACCUGUGCCAAUUUUAUGCUUCUUUUUAUUUGAUCCUUAGAUUUUUAUUGGUGAUGUUUUAUUUUAAAAUGGUCAGUGUAACAGUGUCCUAAUUGAUUUCUUUUAUCGUUAAGUUGGGCUUUUUAACAGGCUGUUGUGAUAUAGAUAGUAAUGAUAACUUUUGAAGAUGGUUUUUGCUAUUGUGUGGUAUUGGUCAGUUUUGCAAGGUUUAAAAUUUGGACACUAUUCACCAGAAAACAAUAGAAAAUAUGGUUUUUUUUGCAUCCUGGCCAAUUCUUGAAAAAAUCAAGUUUUUAACGUGACAAAUUUCCAAAUAAUCUACAGUAAUUGAAGGGAUAACAUAUUGCUGUUGCUAAACAAUUGAUGGGCAAUGUGGCAGCAUAUUUUCUAUUGACCCUCUUCAUUCAUACAAUAUAUUAUUGCACAACGUUUAUCAGUGAACCAUGUCUUUAAUAACUAUUGAAAGGCAUUGAAAAUUUAACAUUUUGCUCUAUACAGGGAUUGAUAUUUAUCAUAAAAAGGUUGAUACAGAUGAAAACAGUAUUAUCAUUUUAUUGUUUGCUGGGCAAUGACUACAUGUACUUGUUGUAUGAGAAAGUCUGGUUUUAUUUUAUUUACUGUCUUUUUUUAAACUGAUGCUUAUUGAUCAGUGAAUACAUGCACAUGUGACAUAAAGUGGGUAAAAUUGCCUACUUUUGUGUUUUAUACUUUAUUUUCAAAGAUUUGAUUGUUUUUAAUGAAUUUCAUUUGCUAUUUUAAUAGUUCAAUAUGUGAACGACAAUAAUGAGAAACUUUGGCUUGUCUCAAUAUUUCUUGACAUGGAACAAAAAUCUGUAUGUAAAAUGUUUACCUUGCUGGUUGAAAAAUUUGUUAAUUAAUUUUCCAUGUUGGUUUUCACACUGUAUCUAUAGACAGCGUGAUAUUCCAGGAAGAUGUUACUGAUGGUGAUUAAACUAAGAUAGCUGUUGCUGCUGAUGAUGAGGACGCAGUUGAUAAUGUUGAAAGAUGAUGAUGAUGAUGAUGAUGAUGAUGAUGAUGACACAUCCAUGAUGGUGUUGUUGGUGAUGGUGGUGACAAUGGUCAUGAAUUUGAUGCUGUUCAUCAUCAUCGUCAUCAAUGAGAAGUGAAUCUCACUUCAAAUACAAGCAAUUUUAGAGUAUUUAUGCUUUGUUAAGCUAUAUCUGGCUUUAGGGUCGGAGAGACACACAUUUUGUGCUGCUGAAUAAAUGUACUGCUUUACUGCUUUCAAACCAGUAGUGAAAACUACAGUACAUAUAUUUUAUCAAUCAUUAACAUUGUGGAUUUCAUCAGCUUGCCUACAACUGAAAAAUGAUUAAAAACCUUUUCACUACUCAAUUGGAUAUGAAUGGGUGAUUUCUAUGUAAAGUUAAUGCUAUGUUUUCUAUUAUGAAAUGAGAGUUCAUCAACUAUUCGCUGAUUCAUGAUUUAACCAGCAAAUUAUUAAAGACUGAUGUUGAUUACACUAUGAUGACUCAUAACUUUUGAGCUUUUCCUUUUUUGGCAGAAAACAGUUAAGGUAUUGCCAAUAUUUUUGUGUCAUAUAGCAAUAAAUUAAUGACCAGAACUAUAUUGCAUCAAAGUGAUGGUCAAUUGUCGAAAAAUACUUCUAAUGAUAACUAGCUUACACAAAGUUGGCUGAAAUAUUUUAGGAGUGAUGCACCUUUGUGAAUUGUUGCUUCUCAGGUUUACCAUGCAGAGCAUAAGCAGUGCCCAUGUACUCUUGAAAAAACAACACUCUAUAAACUUAUUAACUCGUACAUAGGCCAAUCUCUGAGGAAAACUGUAAUAACUAACUAAAAAGAUACAGACAAAAUAAACAUUCUUCAUCUCUCAUGACAUUUCAAGUAUGAUUGGUAAGCAAAACAUUCUUACAAGUUUUGGCAGAUGACAUAUCAGAUGUUUUUGAUACCAUUCUCAUUUUUGGUCAAAACAAGCAUAUGGUUGAUAGCAAGUACUCUUGUAAUUACUAUUUUAAAAAGGGCAGUGAAACUUUUCACAUAUUUUUCAUCAGUAUCUGUUAUGGUGGGAACCAUAUAAAGUAUGAUUUUAAUUGAACUUUUAUUUACAUAGAGUCUGUAAAACUAAAGUGUGAUUCAGGGUCAAGCUUUCUCUAGGUUAGGACAGUAAACUAACAACAGUUUUAUUGUCCUUUCUACACUUUUAAUGUAUUCUAUGUGUAUAAUUUGCCUGCUUCAUUUGAUAGGCAUAUGGAAUAAUAAAUAUUUAAAAGUA